ACAUGAACCGUAGCUGCGGGCAGGAGAAUAUCAGGUGCAUCUCUGAGCCCCGAGGGCCCGACUCCUACACUUAAACCCCUCCCACCGGGACGGCGCUCCAGUUCCGGAGAGCAGCCAGCCUGAGCACAGCCCUGUCGCCGGGCACCGCGCUGCAGCUCCGGCUCCCGCACUGCCUGCCUCCGCUCCGGGCCCCAAAUGAGAGACUCCUUCCUCGUGGGACCCGCAGCACGAGGCGCUGGCUGCCCAUAGGGGCGUGUGGAAAGAGAGCAGAGUCUGAGCAGAAAAGGAGGCAGCAGAGAGCGCUCCACCGGGCGAGGGGAGCCUGAGCCAAAGAGAAAAAUGAGUCUCCUCAAAGAGCGGAAACCAAAGAAGCCGCAUUACAUCCCGAGGCCUCCGGGGAAGCCCUUCAAGUACAAGUGCUUCCAGUGCCCCUUCACCUGCAACGAGAAGUCGCACCUUUUUAACCACAUGAAGUACGGUCUCUGUAAAAACUCCAUCACUCUGGUAUCAGAGCAGGAUCGUGUCCCCAAGUGCCCCAAAUCUAACUCUCUAGAUACUAAGCAAAGCCAUCACCCCGACUCAGCCGGGAAGCCCACCUCCUCCAAGUCUCUCGCAAACGGGCUGCCCCACCCAGAUGCCAAGCUUCAGCUCGGCCUUGUCAAGGACGACGCCAAGGAGAACGUGGACCUGCGUGCACGCGGGACCCACAAGGGCCCCGGACAGAAGCCUGCUCUGCUGCGGGACGCAGCACGCGCCAGCCCAGCCCCAGAGGCCACCACGGGCACCCCGCCUGCCGCUCCAGAAGGCAUCGGGCGGCCCUCGGCAUUCGUUCCCGUGGGAGAGCACAGACUCAAAGGGCCGGAGCUCACAGAGGCGCCAGAGACACUGACCCUGUCCAGCCCCACCGCCAAGGCAGCCGCUUUCCACACCAAGUCCGCCUUCCACGCCCCCGGCCACCCCUGGAAAGCUGGUUCGCCUUUCCUCCCGCCCGAGUUUCCACACAAAAUCCCACCUACCAAGGGGUUUGGGGCCCUCUCCCCUUACGUGCACCCCACCGUCCCAGAGUACCCGCCUCACUUUUACACAGAGCACGGACUGGCCACCAUCUACUCACCCUACCUGCUGGCCGGGAGCCCGCCCGAGUGUGACGCCACCCUGCUGUCCGUCUAUGGGGCCCAAGACCACAGACACUUCCUGCCUCACCCCGGGCCAGUGCCCAAGCACGUGAACCCGCCGCCCUCGGCAUACGACCAUUACAGACUCCUCCAGCAGUAUCACUCCAACUUGUCGCUUCCUUACGGGUUUUACAGGCCAGAGUCUGCCUUCUCCUCCUACGGCCUCAGGCUCCCGCCCGUCGCUGGCCUUUCACACGAUCAGAGCUCUCACCUACUGGAAGAAGCCGCCCUGGUCUACCCGGCCUCAAGUCUGUCCAAGUUAAACCCUUCCAGCUCCCACAAAAAGCACACAGAGUUUGAGAAGGGGAGUCCGACUCCCGAGGCUGAAGACCCUUCCAAAGAUGGGCAGAGGGACACGGAUGGGACCAAAAUGAGCCCCCGUGCGGGCAGCGCAGCCACAGGCUCCCCGGGAAGGCCAAGUCCCACCAACUUCACACAGACAAGCCAGCCAUGCACGGGGCUAUGCAGCCGCUCAGACAAGCCUGCCUCGAGCAUCCUGGGAAGGCUCCCGCAACACGACCAGAGCCUCACGGCCUUCAAGCCCGUCAAGAAAAGCACAGAGCACCCACACUCCCAGGCUCCAGAAAACAGAGACGAGUCUCCAAAAAGCCUUGACGCCGUGGACGUGGGCGCUCCGGCCCAGACAAGAAGCGCCUCUCGCGGCAUGGAGGUCACGCCUUCCAGCCCAGAGGACGGCUCCAGGAUGGCCCCGUUGAACCUCUCCAGGAAACCAGAGCCCAAGCCGGCGGCUGCCCGUGACCCCGUGUACAGGGACUUUGCAGAGCUGCAGGACGCUCCUCUCAACCUGUCGGUGAGGGACCCCUGCAAUGCCCUGACCCCCAGACUUUCCUUCCACCGCCCACCAGGAGAGGCGGAACCCGCUGCCGCUGCUGCUCAGAAGGUUGAGCCGGAAGGUUCUGGAGAUGGGCCAGCCCACACCGAGACAAAGCAGAACGGCCCUGGCUCUGACGAGGCCCAAGUGACGACCCCCACCGGGAAGGCCCAGGACGCGCCAGCGGCAGACAGCGGUGACGAGCAGAAGCAGACGGCGGCCGUGGCCCUGUGCCAACUGGCGGCCUACAGCCCUGUGGGCGAUAAGGAGCCCUUGGCCCAGAAGCCCACCUGCCAACAAGACAGGGCCGCUCCUGGUGCCACGGAAAGCCAGGAGCCUCAGAGUGACCUAAGGCCCAAAGGGCAGAAGAGGACAAGCCCGCGGGAAGCGAGCAAGUCCCAGCAGGGAGCUAAGAAGGCGAAGCCGAGCGACACGGCCAGGGUGUUCACGCUCCGGAAACGCACGCGGGUGUCUUAAUGCUGCUCGCCAGGCCGAGCCGUGGCUGCCUUAAAGGGCAGGGCACAGCGCCCCAAAUCUGCAACAGCACCUUCAGUUUUUAUCUGGUCAAUUUUUACAGUGUAGUCUCUUUUUUCUUCUCAAAAAAAAAAAGUUGCAAUUCAAUUCACUUUUUGUAAAUAUUAAGCAUGAAUAUUAACAGGUGCUUCCACUUGGGGCUGUAAAAAUAUUUGAAUGACUCACAGUCUAAGACUGAUGAGUUAAACACUGGCUUUUAUUUUUGUAAAACAUCAAAUGAAAUGCAUAGGACUAAAAGGUAACUUUUAGGUGUAAGCCAUCACAUAGAAAAUCUUUUAAAAAUACUUUUCCUAUAAGUAUCUUAGCCCUGGAACAAAUUGUUUUAACUGUAUUAUUAAAUCUACUGUGGUUUUUUGAAGUAAAUAAAAAUUACUAAAAAUGCCAGAAAAAAACAUUUUCAGUACUAGCAUUAAGUGAUUUGUCACAACUGAGUAAUAAAUAAACAUCAAGACGCUAUUUAUACAAAUAAUUUAUUCUCAUUCAGGAAAAUGUGCUACUGGAAAGUUAUUAUCAUUGUAUUCUAUUUCCUUAUAACGUUACAGUGAAUUUUCUGACUCAUUUAGUCUCAUUUUCCACUUCCUAAAAUGAUGUAUAUAUUGCUGAUUUUCCAAUAAACCUAUAGGCAAAAUUUAUGGAUACACAAAAUGAAAACAAAUAUGAAUUCUGUGUUAUACUUUAUAGAGUAUUUUGCUACAAAAAACUCAGUGGAAAAAGAGAAUAGAACUGAGGCAGCAAUUAAAAGAGAAAAAGAGGGGGCUGGCUGAGUGGCUCAGUUGGUUAAGAGUUCACGCAAGAGUUUGAGCUCUGAACGACAGCAGUUCGAUGUCCGGCAACAUGUGUGAGCAUGUGGCGAGCACGUGUGACAUGUGACAGCGUGUGUGACAGCAUGUGUGUGUGACAGCCCGCGUGACCGCACGCAUGAGCGCCUGGAGCCAGUGGCCAUCAAGUCCGGGCCCCGGGCCCCUGGCCCCUGGACGACUCCAUGGGCCCUCGGCCUCAGACUGUUAGGACGAGUUUCCCCCGCUUCCUGUAACUGCCGCCUGAGAAAAGGCUGCUGGGCGACCCGAGCUCCGCUUCCCAAUAGCCCUUCCUCCCACUUUCCAGGGGAGUCUCUUGCCCACCACAGUGCCUGGGGUAUCAGCUGAAGGCCCCGGGAAAGGGCAUGUGGUGCCGACGGUGGGUAUCAGUCGUUGUCACCAGAAGGCAGGAGUUCCUUGCAGAGCUGUCGGGUGAGAUCAAAGAACGAACACAGAAGCCAUGCCCA